AUGGACCAAUUCAAUCAAACGCCCGUUCAAAAUCCUUUCGCCGAUACGCCCGUUGUACCUCCUAGAAAGUUAUUGGGUGUCUCGAUACCCCCUUGGCCCAAUGCAUGGGGAGAACAUACGGUUCCUUUUGGUCGUCCGAGCCCUAGCAGCAACUCGAUUCCACCAUCGCAGGUCCCCUUCAAGCACACCGAGUCACCCAACUUCGGACCUUUUCCCACGGCUUAUUUUUCUGAAAACCUACCUGCAUGUCAGACAAGUAUGCGUAGUGCCGAGACACCAAGCAUCUAUGCAACAGCCGGCUGUCAUAGAUCCUUCUCUCGCGAUACAGAUGACUCCUCUAGUGAUGAUCAACAGCCAUAUGAAAGCCAAGCACAUUUCUAUAUGGAGGAGCCGCGCAACAGGAAUAUUCCAAGGGCUUUGAGGUCGCCGCCUCCCUAUUUGCAAUAUCCGAGCACUCAGGGUCCCGCAAGCAUAUCAUCGCAUUCCGAGCUUCCUCUACCGACAACAGCGGAGAUGUAUCCCGGAAUAGAAGGGAACGAGCUGUAUACAGCUCUCAACAACGGGAAGGAUCUCUACGCGAAAGACGACGAGCUUGGCGUACAGAAAACCGAGAACAUCGAAGCAGGAGAACUUUACAACUCACAUACUGAGCUCUUUAGCUCCAGGCGCGACUCAUACUUCUCCAACGAGUCAUCCCCCAAGCUCAAGCGGCGCAGAUCGAGUUUGAGAAUCCGCCCUAUCUUCAGUUUUCACCACCACAGCGGUAAAAUUAUCGACAAAAACACUGGCCCUCAGAGUUGCGAGUCCGAGCAAAAGGGUGUCUGCAACGACAAAUGCAGCCAAGGCGGCCUUGAUUCAACUGAGAGUCUUGAUACCGAGGGCACAUGGGUCUAUGUGUGCAACAUGUGUCAACAUGAAGAGGCCGCAUGUUUCUGUGGCACCGAUUGCAGUGUUAUGGAGGUUAACGAGCGCGAAAUACCCACAUUGAGAGAGAUUGAAAGGCAUCAAAAGCUUUGGAAAACCCCGAAACGCUGGUUUUUAGGCCUGUUCAAGAACGGAGACUAA